UGGAAAGUGAGAUUUUGAGAAAGGAAGUACUUCCCUUUGUGGCAAUGAUAGUAGAGGCGUGUAUGCUGAAUGCAAAAGCCACAAUAUCCAAAGCAGCCCUCAACUCCGGCUUGAGCUCUCUUAUAUUCGUUGUUUACUACAAUUCCCUUGGCUCUCUCCUUCUUCUUCCUGGAUUCAUUUUCCAGAGGCACAGGCCGAAGAAAUGCACUAGCUCUGACCUUGUCUAUGCUGAGAAGAUGUUUCAUCCUUGGCGUGCUCGGGACAUGUACGGUGAUUUUGGGUACCCUAGGGCUCAACUAUAGCUCUCCUACUCUCUUUGCAGGCAUUAGUAACUUGAUGCCUGGUUUUACAUUUGUUCUUGCCAUGAUUUUCAGGAUGGAGAAGUUUGAGGUGAAGAGAAGAACAUGGCAAGCAAAAUCAGUAGGCACAAUUGUGUCAAUCAUAGGGGCAUCUGUCAUGACUCUAUAUCAAGGACCAACAAUCUUGGGAUCAUCAUCUUCUUCAACUUCUGAUUUGCCUCAGCAGUACUCUCUUCUGUCACAAGAUUCCUCAAGGUGGGUGGUGGGAGGUGUUAUGAUUGUAGCCUCAUACGUUGUUGCAUCUGGUUGGUACAUUCUUAAGACAGCUAUACUAAAGGAUUACCCAGAACAGAUUACAAUAGUGUUCUUCAGUACUUUCUUUUCUAGCAUCCAAUGCGCAAUUGUGACACUACUCCUAGAAAGGAAGCUAGAUGCUUGGAAGUUGCAGCCUGGCAUUGGAAUGAUUGCCAUUGUUGCUUCUGCGGUUUUAGAGCCUGUUUGUGUCAACAAUAUUGCUGCCUUCUGCUUGGUGAUGAAGGGUCCUCUGUACGUUGCCAUGUUCAAACCACUGGGAGUUGUCAUUGCAGCAAUUAUGAACCUCAUUUUUCUUGCAGAGGCCCUUUAUUUGGGCAGUAUUGUUGGAUCAAUAAUCAUUACUGUUGGAUUCUACGUGGUGAUGUGGGGCAUGUUGAGAGAGGCAACGGAUAUUAUUUUAUGCGAAACUACUGCACCUGCCACUGCCAAUCAAACAUCCCCUCUGCUACAAAAGUAAACCUAGUCCUACUCAUUGUGUACCUCAUACUAUAGAUUCCAUUAAAUUAUUAGCUAGUGAUGAUACCAAUUCAAAACUGCUGUAUAUAUUUAUCUUUCCUUUAACUUUAUUAUU